AUGUUGCUAAAACUUUCGAUCACCGCGUUGAUUGGCCUAUUGUCUUCGGCCGUAUCAUUCACCAACGCCGACUGCACCUACUCCGGUGGUAAUUACUAUUGUGCUCAGACCGAUGCCAUCAUUUACUCUAAUGUUGGCUUAUCAGCCACUUACCAAGAUGUCACCAAGAUGGAUGAAUCUUCUUGUGUUUGCACGCAGGCUGAGUUCACUGCCUCCGGCAGUUUGGCUCCCUUCAACGAAGAGCUGUCUAUUCAUUUCAGAGGUCCAAUCGAAUUAUUGCAGUUCGGUGUUUACUAUCCAAAUGGUGAAUCUAAGGCUUUAAAGAAGAGAUCUGAGAAGCAGCUAGUUGAAUCUUGUAACGAACAAGGUGAAACUGUGGUCUCCAGACACAAGCAUCAGCACAAGAGAGAUGUUGCUGUCGAAUACGUUCAGGUCACUUCUACCGUCUACGUCGAUGGUAGCGGUCAAACCGUCACUGCGGGCUCCACCAAUACCAUUGUCGGUCCCGCCGUUCCUUCUUCUUACAACAAAGUAUCCACUGUUUUGUCCAGUGGUGCUCAAGCUGUUGAAACAAGCGCAAGUCCAUCUCUCGCUGUCUCUUCCAAGGCUUCCUCAUCUUCCUCUUCUUCUGCUGCUGCGUCGUCUUCUUCGUCUUCUUCCAACACCAAGGGUGACUGGUCGAGAGGUUCCUACUUCGUCCCAGGCUCUACCACCAACUGUACCUUCAUGAACAAUCAAGGAGGGGCUGCAGGUUCAGGCGUCUGGUCCAGUUGCUUUGGUAACUCUAUCUCCUUUGCUGCUUCUGACGGUAUUUCCGGUGCUGCUUCUGCUCAAGCCCUUGGUGAAGUUACCGUUAAGUCCGGCAAUGAGUUCAUGAUCUUUUCUGGCGAAAAAUGUUCUGGUAACAACGACGAUUGUGGUUACUAUAGAGAAGGUAUUCCAGCUUAUCACGGGUUUGGCGGUGAUGACAAAAUUUUUGUCUUUGAGUUCUCCAUGCCAAGUGAUGCCAGUGGUUCUGCUUACAACCAGGACAUGCCAGCUAUUUGGUUAUUGAAUGCCAAAAUCCCAAGGACUUUGCAAUACGGUGACGCCUCUUGUUCUUGUUGGAAGACUGGUUGCGGUGAAAUGGAUCUUUUCGAGAUUUUAACCGCUGGUUCCGAUAAAUUGAUCUCCCACAUCCACAAUGGUCAAGAUGGUGGUACUCAAGAUUACUUCGACAGACCAACUGAUGGCACUUUGAAGGCUGCUGUCAUUUUCAACUCAAGUGAUAAGACCAUCCACAUCAUUGAAGUAGACGAGAGUUUCGAUGAGGCUUUGAGCGAUGAUGUUGUUGACCAAUGGUUAAGCAAAUCUGGUUCCUCUGCCGCCUUGCCAUGA